CCCAACUGCGGAGAAUGCGUGCUCUACGAAGAUCCCCAGUACCCGGAAAACUACAUUCCCGGCAGUCCGUCUCGACGGUGGCAAGGAGCCCGAGAAAAUACUGAAACCCGACGAUUGGAACGAUUUUUCAUUCAACCAACUGCGGAAUAUGCGUGCUCUACGUGGAUCCCGAGUACCCGGAAAACUAUAUAUUCCCAGCGAUCCGUCUCGACGGAGCCAAGGAGCCCGAGAAAACGCUGAAACCCGACGACUGGAACGAUAGACGAGACGGGUGGUAUCAGCCACAAGCGGGCUUUAAUCGAAACGCGCCACGUGGAAGUCUGGAUCAAUCGGGCCAUCGACAAGUGCAUCACUAUGUGAGAGGUGGUGAUGGCGGCGGCGGAUACCGAGGAUACAGCUAUGAUGAUCGGAGAGGCGGUGGCAGUGGUGGUGGUGGAUACAACGAUCGUCAAGAUUUCGGCCGAAACUAUGGAGGAAGAGACGGUGGAGGUCCCCAGAGAUACCAUGAUCAGCAGCGUCAAGGAGGCUAUCAAGGAGGCGGUUAUGGUGGCGGAGGAUCCUAUCAUCAACCGUACAAUCAGGAUCAGAGACGUGGAGGACGUGGUGGUGGACCACCAGGAUACCAGAGACCACCGUAUCGAGGUGGCAGAGGCGGCGGUGGUGGAGGCUAUCAGGGAAAUUCAUCAUGGAGAUAA